UUAUCAACAAAUUUGACGCCAUGACGCCACGCCAUUUUGUUGGAAGCAACAUGGAUUUGUAGAAUUUAGUGCGCGAUUAAUUGUAAAAAACGAUGAUUUUUUUAUUGUGAGUCGCGUUAAUCGGGAGUUUGCAUUAACCGCUGUAGUUUAGUGUUAUAGUAAAUCAUGUGAAGAAUUCAAUUAUGUGUAUAUCGUGAAGUCAAGUACCGGCGUCUGUGCUACAGUUCCUCGUUUCUUGAUUUAGUAAUUUGAGUGGUUUUUGUUAGUUUGCAACGAAAGGACCAUUUCCGGACUCUAUGAUGAUGUAUACGGGCACAACCACCGAGCAAGACAAUCGCUUCAGCGAUAAGGAAAAAAAGCUCCUGAAGCAGAUGAAGUUCAGCGAUUGUUUGAGUCAGAGGGUUGAUAUGUCCAAAAUUAAACUUGAUGUCAUCAAGCCGUGGAUCCAAGACAAAUUAACGGAAAUCUUGAAAAUUGAUGACGACGUCGUCGUCGAUUUUGUUUAUAAUCAACUAGAUGAGAAGUUUCCCGAUCCUAAAAAGAUCCAAAUCAAUCUUACGGGGUUUCUGCAUGGGAAAAACGCGCGCGAGUUCAUGGCCGAGCUGUGGGCGCUCUUGAUCUCAGCACAGGAGAACCCGUCCGGAAUCCCCGACUCACUCUUGGACUUGAAGCGUGAAGAAAUCAUAAAAAAGAAGGAGAAAGAGGAAAAAGAGCGUGAGAUUCGGGACCGGGAAAGAGAAAAAGAGCGCGAACGCGAAAAGUCCGACAAGGAGAAGAAAUACAGGGAUAGGGACAGGUCCAGGUCUAGGAGGAGAUCACGGUCAAGGUCGCGGCCCAGGAGGCGGUCGGUUGAAAGGUCCAGCAGGAACAACGAUAGAGGGAAGGACAAGAGGUCAAGGAGCCGUUCCAGAUCCAGGAUCAAGAUUGAUGAUUUGAGGAACAACGGCAACGCAAGUCCCAACGAACGGGAGAAUAAUGGCAGAGAGGAUUCUGCCAAAUUGGAAAGCAGUACUGCCAAUUCUAAACAUAAUUCAGAGAGUUCCCAGCCCGUGUCAAAGCUUCAAGCGAAGCUGAUGUCCAUGGCCGGCGGCAACGGCAAACAGCAGCAACAGCAGCGUAACUCCCGUUCCCGUUCGAAAUCAGUAUCUCGCUCCCGUUCAAAGUCGGCUUCACGCUCCAAGUCACCCAGCAAAUCGCAUUCGAGAUCCCGUUCGUCGUCUAGUCCACGAGCAUCAAAGGAUCGCAAGUCGCGCUCCCUCUCCAAGGACAAGGAGAAACGUCGCUCCCGCUCCAGUUCGGACGGAUCCAAGGACAACUUCGAGAUCAGGAAGAAGGAGAACAGCGUCCAGAAGAAACGCCACUACAGAUCCAACAAGGACAGCUCCGACAGCGAACCGGACCAGGACAAGGGCAAGAGGAAGAAGUCACUGUCGAAGUCACCGCGACGCGCCAGGAAAAACAGCAGGGAUAAGAGUCCCAGACGCAAGAGGAGCUUGUCCAGGAAGAGGAGCAGCUCCAGGAAGAGGUCCCUAAGCCGAAAGAGGAGUCUUUCGAGAAGACGUAGUCCAUCGCGAAGCAAGAGGAGUCUGAGUAGACGAAGGCGGAGCAUCUCACGUUCAAGGCGGAGCACCCCGCGGAGAGCAAGCCCUCGCAGGAGACGCAGCUAUAGCAGGAGGAGGAGCUUGAGCAGGAACAGAAGGGGACGACGCAGCAGAAGCCGCAGGAGUCCCAGCAGGAGGAGGCGCAGUCCUAGCAGAAGGAGGAGCAGCAGGGAUAGGAGGCUUAGACGCAGUAGAAGCCGUGACCGGAACCACAGGCGACUUUCCCGGGAGAGAAGGCGCUCCAGGUCUAGGGAUAGGCGGUCGAGGUCGAGGAGGAGGUCGUCUCGUGAUAGGGGAAGUUUGAGGAGGAAGUCACCAAUUAGAGGUAAAUCUAGGGAACGUCUACGCAAGCCUAGUCCGAGUCCUGUGACUAGAAAUGAUCGUCGGGACCAAAGGGACGAGUCACGUGGGUCUCGACCGUCUGUUAGGAGACCGGACGACAGGAAAGAGGAAUCUUUCCGUCGACUUGACGAUUCCAAAAGAGAAGAUCUUCACAAAUCGGAUAAGAAAUUGGAAGAGAAACGCAAGGCUAGUACUUCUGAUAGUCAAACUGAAAGCGACUUCAAAUCCAAGGAUAGGAAGAAGUCAAAGUCUAGGAGUAUCAGUCCAGAGGAUAAUAAUUUGAUUCCUCCUCACGGCCCGCCACGAUAUUCGCGAAGCUUGUCUAGAACGCCGUCGCCGUUCAUAAAAGCAAACGAAUUCCCGCCUAAAACUAAGACAGUUCCUGCUGCGAAGGACGAUAAGAAGAAACUCAAAGAAAAGGCUGAAUUGAAAACUAAGAAGGUUACGAAGAAACCUUCAAAGAGUGAGACUGAUUCAAACUCAAGUGAUUCAGAUAGUGAGGGACAGAAAGAAAGAGAGAGGGAGAGGAAGAAGAUAAAGGCGAAGAAGAAGACGAAGAAACGCGAUUCGAGUUCCAGUGAUAGUGAAGUGGAGUAUACUUCUAAGAAGAAGGAUAGAGACAGUAGUCCCGAAGUGGAAGUCAAGAGUAAGAAAGGCAAAGACGGUAAGAGAAGUAGGCGCGACAGCAGCGAGGAUAAAGUGCAGAAAAAGCGUCACCAGAGUUCCGAUUCGGAAGAUGAUAAAAAGAUUAAGAAGAAACGUGCACGUUCUGAUAGUUCCGACAAAGGCCGUAAAUCGAAAAAAGAUGAUUCGAGUGACAGUGAUGUCCCUAAGAGUAAGAGCAAAAAGAAAGUGGAGAGUUCUGAUGAUUCUGAAGUUGAGAAAGUCGAUAAAGACAAGUCAAAGAAACACAGAAGGGACAGCUCUUCAGACAGUGAGGAAGAUAUGAAGAAGCGGAAACGUAAAAAGAAGGUUACGAAAUCGGCGAGCGAUUCUGAUGAAGAACUUGAGUCGAAGAAACGCAAGAAAGACAAGAGGCAUAAAAAGAAGAAGAAGCACUCGAAAAAACAUAAGAAACAUAAGAAGAAAAAGGUAGAAAGUGAAGACUCUGAUAAUAGUGACGUCGAAGUUGUUAAUGACGAUGAGAAAAAGUUGAGAGAAAAGGCUCUCAAGUCAAUGAAAAGGCAAAAUUCGAGCGAUAAGUCGGAGUAACGUGUAAAAUAAAUAAACGUUUUUGUUUAGUUUGAAUGAUUAGGUAAUUAGCUUUUCUGAGUGACCUGUAAUUUUUUUGUCAUUCAUUCCGUAUGUUGCUGUCUUAAUAAAGUUGAUAUGUAUGUGGA